GUUUUUGUUAAAUUUCUCUCUAUCCAAUACUUUUGUUUUCCAAUCGUUGCCAUUUUCUUUCACAACGGAGAAUGGAAGACCCCUUGAGUUCCAUAUUCAAUUAUCAAGAGGAAGGUGAGGACUUGAGGCAAAAGCUUCUAGAUACCACACUCGAACUUGAGGCAACGAGGAACUUGAAGAUGGAAUUGCUCGAUCUGCUUAAGGAGGCUUACCAAGAGAGAGACGAAGCCAGAGAACAACUCCAGAAACUAAUGACCGAGCUAGUAUCUUCAACAUCAAACGAGUUGAAAAACACAAUAGUUGAAAUCCAAGACGAAAGCCUUUUAAUGCUUCCAGCAGUUAAAGCAAAUUCGAGCAUUACAGAAUCCAACAACAGUUUAUCACAUGUCACCUCUCCUAUUGAUUCCUUUUUUGAUGCAGUGUCUUCUCCAGAGUUUUCAGACAUCAAGGUUGUUGAAUCCCAUAACAUGGGUUAUAUAAACCACCAGCCUUUGGUUCAAGACUUCAGUGCUGAAAAGCCUAUGUCUGAUAUUGCAGAUGCAGAGCCUUUGGUUCAAGACUUCAAUGCUGAAGAGCCCAUGUCUGAUAUUGCAGAUGCAGUGAUUGAAUGCAUUGCAAAAGAAAAAGUGUUGCCACAACAGGGAAAACUCCUUCAAGCUGUAAUGGAUGCUGGUCCAUUGCUUCAGACACUCCUUCAUGCAGGACCACUUCCUACAUGGCAAAAUCCACCUCCUUUGCAAGAAAUCAAAAUUCCACCUCUUGAAGUUAAAGACUUUGAUACCACUGGCUCUGGGAUUGAGCUGAAUACCUUUCCAAAUACAUGGAAUUCAUUUCAGAAGAAACGAACACUUGCAUCCUCACAGUCUUUGGAUCCUAAUAUUCUCAACUUUGCUGCUAUCACCUCUGCUUCAAAUGCUAGUGUCAAGAACCACUCAGCAUCAAGGAAUCCAAAAAGGCAUCGAUGUUUAUGAUAAAAUUUCCUUCCCCCUUUGAUUACCCAUCAGUGUUCAAAGAUCUAAUGAACCUCAAUAAUCCAUUUUAAGGUUUGAGUCCUUUCACUCAAUUCAAAAAUUGCAAGUUUCAGGAUUGGAAACCACUACUUUUUUAUAGGUCAAAUCCUGAAAUCUAGUUAAGACUUUACUUGAUCAACAACUCUUUAGGAAAUUUCCUUCUGUUGUUUCCCUUCUCUCUUUCUGUAAAUGGCAAUGGCAUCCCUGGUUUUGAUAAAGUAUAAGAGUA